CUUCUUAUGGUGCAUCAACUCCUGAAUUAAAAACAUUUGCAAUGAAGAUUUUAAACCUCACAUGCUCUUCUUCAGGCUGUGAACGUAAUUGGAGUGUUUUUGAACAUAUACAUUCUAAGAAAAGAAAUAGGUUGUCUCAACAACGAUUGAAUGAUUUGGUAUAUAUCAAGUACAAUAGAGCUUUGAGGAGAAGAUAUGACAUACGAGACAAAAUUGAUCCUAUUACUUUGUCAGAGAUAGAUGAUAGUAAUGAAUGGUUGUUGGGUAAAUUGGAUGACAGUGAUAAAGACAAUGAUAAUGAUUUUGUCUACGAAGGUGAAGAUUUGCGUUGGAGUGAUGUAGCACGAGCAUCUGGGGUUGGUGAAAGUGCAUAUGGCUUUCGAUCUCGAAAUGCAUCUUCUUCAAAAGGGGCAUCAUUAUCUGCAUCAGCAAAAAGGAAACUAUCUUCAGCUCAAACUAGUCUUGUUAAUGAAGAAGAAAUUAAUCUUGAUGAUUAAACUGAAGAAGAGAAUACUGAUGGAUACAAAUCAAGCGAUGGAACUGAUGACGUAGAUUUGGACAAUGAAGAUGAAGAAGAUGAUUAUUUUGAUAUUUGAUAUUUCCUCUAUUAUAUUUUCAAAGACUUGUGAUUUUCAAUAAUCUACAACUUCAUCAAAGAAUAUUUGUUUAUGGUUAUUUGGAUUUUCAAAGACAUUUUGAAAGAUUUUUAAUAAAUAUAAGAGUCCUAUUGUUUAUUACGCUUUUUUCCGUAAAGCCCGCGCUUCACCUUGCGCUUUGCGCUUUAAGCCCCAAGACCCUUGAGCACUUUUUUGCACCUCGCGCUUUUGAUAACUAUGGUUUUGGUACAUGGAGGGCGUUUUUGAGGAUAAGGUUAGGAGUAAGAUGAACAUUUUCAAAACUAGCAACAGUGACUAAAGAUCCAUUGGCUACUAUAAUUUUUCUAUUACUUGGGCUGGGGUUAUUAGUGUGAAAAUUUUGAGAAUUGGGGAUCAUGUAGUCUAUAGCACCGGAGUCUAUUAUCCAUGAGUUAUUAAACAAAUUGUUUGAGGUAUUCAUAUAAGAAGAGUGAGGGGGUACCUGAGAGUGUCAAAGAGCAUGCGCCAGAUAGUUUAUCGAGAGAACCCAACAAUCCUCGAAGUUUCUCAAUUUCUACACUGUUGAAUCUGCCAAGGAUUGAGUUGUCUUCAAUAUGGGAUUGCACGAUCAGGUGUGCUUGAGAUUUGUGUUGCCCCCCACGACUUCCCCAUUCUCGAUUUGGUGGUUUACCAUGUAGUUUCCAACAUGUCUCUUUGAUGUGGCGAGGUUUCUUAUAGUAGUUGCACCAAAGAUGGACUUUAUUGU